CGACCACAAUGGGGGGGGGAAAGGAGAGAAUAGAAAAGGGGAGGAGGAGGGUGCGAGGAUUGCUUGCUCUCCAAUUCAAAAAUGGGGUGAAUUCUUGGGAAGAUUUGGACGAAAAUCUGGUCGGAUCUUGCUUUCCAUGCGGUGGCAUUUUGGUGGGCUGGCUUAUAUCUCCUCUCUCAUUUCCUUCCUCCCCUCCCCCCCCACAGAGAAUCCAAUCAUCAGAAAGUAAAAGAGAACCAAACCAACACCAACCCAACCCAUCCCAACCUCCACCUCCUCUCCUUCUACCCUUUCUCCAUCUCCCAAGCUCCUAUGAUCAUUCCUUUAUUGCUGCUGUGGUGGUGGAAGGAAAUCAACAACAACAACAACAACAACAAGAAGUAGAAGAAGAAGGUAUGACAGUGGAGGCAGAAGCACCGUUCCAUGUUCUGGCUGUGGAUGACAGCCUCAUUGACAGGAAGCUCAUUGAGAGGCUCCUCAAGACAUCCUCCUACCAAGUUACCACAGUGGAGUCUGGGAGCAAGGCUCUGGAAUUGUUGGGAUUCAGGGAGGACCAGUCCAGCACACCUUCUGUCUCGCCAAACCAGCAUGUAUUUUAUCUCAUCCUAAUUUGCUGCAUGGUGUUGUUUUUCUUUUGUUUUGAAAUAGUAAUUUGGAUGAUUGAUAUUUUUGAUGGGUUUUUAUUUCAGGAGAUUGAGGUGAAUUUGGUUAUCACAGAUUACUGUAUGCCAGGAAUGACAGGGUAUGAUCUGCUGAAGAAGAUUAAGGGGUCCUCUUCUCUUAAAGAUAUCCCAGUUGUGAUCAUGUCAUCUGAGAAUGUGCCUUCCAGGAUCAGCAGGUGCUUGGAAGGAGGAGCGGAGGAGUUCUUUCUCAAGCCAGUACAACUCUCAGACUUGAAAAGGCUUAGACCCCAUAUACUGAAAGGGAAAUCCAAUUGCAAAGGGCAAAAACAGCAGCAGCCGCAGCCGGAGAACAACAACAAUAAUGGGAGCAGCAGCAGCAGCAGCAGCAGCAGUAAUAAUUGCAGCAACAACCAAAGCAACAAAAGAAAGGCCAUGGAUGCCAUGGACGAGGGGCUUUCACCUGGGAGGACAAGACCAAGAUUCUCCAGUGACAGUCUGACAGUUGUGUGAUCUUAUGAAAUCUAAUUGUUGCUUCACCUAGAAUGAUAACUCUCCAAAGUUCUCAAUUUUUUGUUUCUUUCAUCAUGUGGCCCUUUCUUUCUUCUUUUUUUUUUGGAUUGGGAAGUCUUUAAUCAUAACACCUAUUCCUCUCCAAUUUUGCUGUGGUUAGAAGUGUAUCCAAAUGUAAAUAAUGGAGAAGGCAAGAUGGAUGGAUGGUUGUGCAUGGUUAGGCUGGAAUUUUUGAGCU